UCAGUAGUUACUCGUCAGUCGUGAUCGUGGGUGUAUCGACGGUUAGCAGCGUUGCGAUCGUUGACUGAAGAUUAUUGCGAUUUGCCAGUUCGGUCUUUCAUAAUAUCGUGAUGUGCGAUUGCUGUUAGAGUCAGGAGUAUCUUCGCGAGUUUGGCGAAAGCACAAAUAUCGUUUGUAUUUCGGUUGUUCAGAGUAAUACAAAAAGUAAAAGGAACAGUUUAAAAAAUGUCUGAGAUUGACGCGAAAGUUAACAUGUCCCUCGAUGAGAUCAUAAAGAUGGAGAAAAAGGAUAAAAAGAACAAAAAGACCGCCGCCACAAAUGGAAAAGGAGGUGGUGUUAAGCGCAAUCGCGGUGGAGGUGCGCGGGGCCGAGGUAAUUUCAGAGGCCGUGGUGCUAGGAAUGUCAAGCAAAAUGGUAUUCCUGGCAAAACCAGUCAAUCUUGGCGUCUAAAUCGUAAUCAGAAUCAAAAUUUAGUCCAAGGUGGCUAUGUCAAACAGCGUUUCAACAAAAAUGGUGGCUUGACAAGAUCACGAAGUAAUCUAAACCUCAAUAGAGUCAUGCCAAAAAACAACACUAGAGGUGGGCUGAUCUCGCGCCGUGGUCGAGGUGGGAGGGCAGGAGGAUUAAACCGCAGCAGAAGCCGCACAAAUCUGACUUACAUUCAGGGAGGAUUUUACACCAACAACAAUGGCAACAACGCUAAUAACAACAAAAACUUACUGAAAAGAACAAAUAGUCUGCCCAAUUUGAGAGAUCCCACCUCGGUGCACAAUCGAUUGGGAUACCAGAGCCCCGCGCAAAUUGCAUACCGGAAUCGUGUGAAAAGAGCCAAGCAAGUGCUCCUACAACGACAAAAUCAGAGAUUGAAUCGUUCUAACGACUUCAGAAUGCCUCAAGCUGGUAAGCCAUUAACAACACUUCAACAGAGAGCAUUGGAGCGCCGCCAGCAAAUUCUCACCUCUCAGCGACGCUUUAGCACCGGAGGGUUACGGUCUGACCAGAUAGUACGCGCCCAAAGACAUGCCCAAUAUCAGCAAAAGUUGAUGAGGAUGAACGCGGCACGAAUAAAUACCAGUCCCAACGUCAACUUUAUGUGUACACUUGGAAAUAACUACACGCGUGGAAUGCGUCAACGGUCGAUGAGCCUGUCAAGAAAUCAAGGCGGAAGUGCAAAUAACUUGCGUCAAUUGCCUCGAGGUCGUUCGCCAUUCAGACAGACUAUGCAAAGCUUGAACAUGAUUGGUCGCAGCCAACUUUUUGCUCAGCCGCAACAACAACAACAGAGACCCUCCCGCUCCAGGUCGCGUUCACGUUCUCGCACCCGCAACGUUCCGAUUGCAGAUUCGGGAGCUGAUGUAGAUGACCGUACCUUCAGCGAAGUUAUGUAUAGCUUAUCUGGGAACCUCGGCGUUACUGGAAGGACCCUUAACGAUAGAUUCAGUUUUUAAUACUGAGAAGUGGGGGUAAAUCGGUGAUAUAAGACUAUUAAGAAUACAACUAAAACACAGCCAUUCAGAUAUUGUUGAUUUGUAAUUCAAUGAAUUCUGUCGAAAUUCAAACUUUUUGUGUCUGUCUAUUGUAAGAUUACGAAUCAAUCUCAAAAUGUUGAUUGCUCCGAUGACACAUGAUUCUAAGUAUAUUGGAAUUACUUUUCAAUAACAGUUGGUGUUUAGUACUUAUGAAUUCAUACCACAAGCAGAAGUAGUUAGAGAAAAACAUAUUUACUUAUGUUAACAUGCUGAGUGUACCAUGUCUGAAAGAGUUCGAGUUCGACAGCCUAAUUGAGUUCAUAUCGUUGCAGCAAUUCCAUUCACCAAAGAACGAAAAAUCUAUUCCAUUAUCAAGUUUCGAUCAAUAAUUGCUCAAACUUGCAGACUACUCAACAGGCUGGAUUCUAAGUAUAUAAAUAUUGAUUCUGUGUCGUUCUUUUGACUAUCGAUGGUAGCCAGUGAAUUUCCCCCCUCACACACACAUUUGAAGAGAUUCUACCAAUCAUGAGAUACUCACGAUAUGAAAAUAAUUAUAGUUUUUGAAUAUUGAGUAAUUUUUCAUUUUCAAUGGCACUACUUGAUCAAGUAUUUACUUGGCCGGUUUUUUUUUAAACACUAGAAAUGUGCAAUUAUUGACGAUGUUUAGUUAGAAUAAUUAUUCUUCUUGGGUGAAGGUAAUUUUUAUACCAUCACCUCUCAGACAGCUUCUUUCUCCUCUGGAAAUUACUCAUUGAACUUCAUCACUAUCUUCCGACGAUAAAGUGAUAUUUAGAAUUUCGAUCAACCGCUCUAUUGAUAUGGAAUCGAAAUUACAAACUUACCUGUCAGGCUAUUUUGUAUAUUAUCAUAUGAAAUUUGUGUAUAAAAAAAUAUCAUCAAUAGAAUAGAUUUGAUGUGAAAAAAUCAUUUUCAUCAUCCUUGCGAAUUCGACACGAAUCCCAGUUGGCGCAUCAGUAAUCGAUUUUACGUACUUUAGGGCAGAAUCGUUGCAAAGAUCCAAUUAUUCUUAUUUUGGAAGUAAUUUUUAUUCUGUCUAUGAAGUGACUGGUCUCAAUAUAUUGAGAGUGUGUAGAAUACACACAAAGCUAUAUAAAUACAGAUAUGAUGCAUCAAAGUUCACGUGUUUACAGCUUAACAUUUCAAAAUGCGAGCAGGUGAUUAGACUCUACGUUGUAUAGAUAAAAUAUAGCAAUAAAGUUUCAUAGAAACCGUAUUGAUAUGUUAGGUGCAAAUACAAGAGUGAAAAUUGACGAAAUAUUUAUUUAAUAGCUUACAGGAGAUAUGCGUGCCUCAACUUUUAGUUUUAAUUUUGACUUAUAACUAAUAAUGAGUGAUACAUUUGUAAGAAGUGUUCUAACUAUUCUGUAUAAUAACAGUGUUUAUUACCCACAAAAUAUAUUCUAUAGUUCAUAGUAAAAAAAAAGAAAAGAAAAAGUAAUAAAAAUAUCGUAUAUGAUAACUAGGAUUAAAAAGUGUAAUAUAUAAAGUAACGUUACUGAUAAACUGAAGUUCAAAAUGACAAACGAUUCUACUACACUACGAGGUAAUAAAUAUACUUUUUUGUUAAGAAA